GGCGGGCUUUGUCCUCAAAAGACAUCGUGUGUGCAGAAUCGCAGACGGCGGAUCAGUAAAGAUUUUUACAUGUCCCUCUCUCGAUAGAGAAGACGGGCGCUCUCUGAGAACAUCGAUCUUUUCUAGUACAGGGGAAAUAUAAAGAUCACACUUGUAGCAGGCAUACAUCACCCCUGGCGAGACGUAGAGUGUUACUCGCUAUCAUGCCUUUGCCACGCCUCACUUCUCUCCCGCAGUGGAACUCUGCGGAGCCUCUAUCGAAGGAAUUCAACCAAUUUUCACCCGGAGAAGUGUUGAUGAAUAUGAAACAACAGUUUAUGCCUGAUGCAGCCAAACCAAACCAGCUGACUUGCAACUCAUGGAAAUGCUUAAUAGUCUAUCGUCUCUGUACGACGAGCAUGGAUGUCCGAUGUUAGUACUGAUGAAAUACGACGACGUUGCGGAAUGCAUUCUGUUUGAGGUGGUAGCCGUGCGCCGGCGUGAGAAUGGGGAGCCCAUCUUGCAAGUGAAUUGGGGCAAGCAUACCAAAAGUAGCUCAAAUCUGGAUGCAGUGUUUGCACUUAUCAGUGAAGCCACGAGAAACAACAGACUGGUGCCCAUGACAGUGGAGAGGUCUGAGCUAGAACUGUGUGCGCAAGUGCUGGAAGAGAACCAGACCACUCGGAAAGAGUACACAUUACCCGCACCGUCGGAGUCUUACCAGUAUGCCAGUUACUUCACGGUACGAUACGCACCAGACAUGGUAGAUACCAAAGCUGUCACCAAAACAAAGCUGAAGUGUGUUAUGUGUGGUAAGAAGCGUCCCAAGCGUUGUUCGAAGUGUUCGAGCGUACAGUACUGCUCGGUCGUGUGCCAACAUGCUCAUUGGAAGGCCGGACACAAGGACGUGUGCAAUAAGUCUUCUGGAGAUAGUGGGCAACCCUCCGCGACAUCAAGCAACCCUGCAGGUGAUGCAGAUAGUGUUCUGAUAGACUCCCAGCAAGAGGGGCAGUACGGAACAACGUUCUUGACUGUCACAGGUGUCGCCUCUCACUAUAAGACGGGAUCCAUACCUCACAAUGUGCACGGCGACAGCGAAUUUCUGGUCAAGAUACAGAUCUGCAUGAUGCAAGGGGGACCGAUGAUGAUGUAUGACGAAACCAAGAGCUUCACUCGCAGUAUCGAGAUGAACGAGCCGGGUGCGAAGGAGCUUUUCAAAGUGGUCGAUCAGUAUGGUGCCAUGAAGUUGUACAUGAAGCCAAAGAGGGAGGGCAAGUAUUUCAGGAUCUUUUUGAAGUCUCUACCGUCGCAACGCCAGCCGUGGUGAUUGAUGCUGUGGUAAUCUUAUGUUGAGUAUAGUCGAUUAGAAAAUUUCGGCUGGAUAUCACAUAUUUAUAUCUAUAUAUAUAUAUAUAUACUCAUUGUAUGGCUCUUCAGAUUGAUGUCGCCUGCGAAAGAUGUGAAAUUCGUCCACAAGAAUGUCGCAUGUUUUGCAGAGACUCAAGAAAAAAUACAUAGGAACAUUUUAUUAUUUGCGACAAAGUGGCAGUGUUCACAAAUAAAAAGCAUUCAGUG